AUGACUCUUCCAGAUCCUAUCCCUACAUCAACAUCUCAGCAUCCCUGUCAUGACUUCUUCUACAGCAUCACUGCAGAUGGCAGCACAUUAAACAUUCACAGAGCUCUCACUUCUGACAUGGGGAAGUAUACGUGCGUUGCUACUAAUCCCGCUGGAGAAGAAGACCGAAUAUUUAACUUAAAUGUCUAUGUCCCACCUAAAAUCAGAGGUAAUAAAGAAGAGGCAGAGAAACUGAUGGCUCUGGUGGACUCGUCAGUAAAUAUUGAAUGCAAAGCCGUGGGGACACCUCCACCGCAGAUCAACUGGCUGAAGAAUGGCCUGCCUCUGCCCCUUUCCUCUCAUGUUCGCUUGCUGUCAGCGGGGCAGGUUGUCAGGAUCGUGAGAGCCCAGGUGUCCGACGUAGCUGUGUAUACCUGUGUGGCCUCCAACAGAGCUGGGGUAGAUAGUAAGCACUACAGCCUUCAAGUCUCCGUGCCACCGAAUAUGGACAACGCAAUGGGAACAGAGGAGAUCGCAAUUGUCAAAGGCAGUUCUACCUCUAUGACAUGCUUUACAGAUGGAACUCCAACUCCAAGUAUGUCUUGGCUCAAAGAUGGCCAGCCUCUGGUGCUUGAUGCUCAUCUGACCAUCGGCACUCAAGGGAUGGUCCUGCAGCUCAUCAAGGCAGAAACUGAAGAUUCUGGAAAGUACACCUGUGUUGCCUCAAAUGAUGCUGGAGAAAUCAGCAAGCAUUUUGUCCUGAAAGUCCUAGAACCACCUCACAUCAAUGGAUCUGAAGGACCUGGAGAGGUAUCAGUAAUUGUGAAUAACCCACUUGAGCUGUCCUGCAUAGCUUCUGGAAUCCCUGCUCCUAAAGUCUCCUGGAUGAAAGAUGGCCGGCCUUUUCUACAGACAGAUCAAGUGCAGAUUCUGGAAGGAGGGGCCAUCCUUCGAGUAUCCAGUGCUCAAGUGGAGGACACAGGAAGAUACACAUGUCUGGCAUCCAGUCCUGCAGGGGAUGAUGAUAAAGAAUAUCUAGUGAGAGUACAUGUGCCUCCUAAUAUUGCUGGAAUGGAUGAGUCCCAGGACUUCACGGUGUUAAGGAACAGACAGGUGACAUUGGAGUGCAAGUCAGAUGCAGUGCCUCCACCUGUGAUCAUGUGGCUCAAAAAUGGGGAGCAGUUACAGGCAACACCUCGAGUAAGAAUCCUGUCUGGAGGAAGAUACUUGCAAAUUAAUAAUGCAGAUUUGGGAGACACAGCCAAUUAUACCUGUGUUGCCAGCAACAUCGCAGGAAAGACUACAAGAGAAUUUAUUCUCACUGUAAAUGUUCCUCCAAGCAUCAGUGGUGGUCCCCAGAGUCUCGUCACCCUCUUAAACAAGUCAAUUGUACUGGAAUGCUCUGCUGAAGGUGUGCCAACUCCAAGGAUGACAUGGAGAAAGGAUGGGGCUGUGCUAGCUGGGAGCCAUACAAGAUACUCCAUCUUAGAAAAUGGAUUCCUUCAUAUUCAGUCAACACAUGUCACAGAUACAGGACGGUAUUUGUGUAUGGCAACCAAUGUGGCUGGGACAGACCGUAGGCGAAUAGAUUUACAAGUCCAUGUUCCUCCAUCUAUUGCUUUGGGUCCUACCAAUGUAACAGUAACAGUGAACGUCCAAACUACUCUGGCUUGUGAAGCUACUGGGAUACCAAAACCAUCCAUCUACUGGAGAAAAAAUGGGCAUCUUCUUAAUGUGGAUCAAAAUCAAAAUUCAUACAGGCUCCUUUCUUCGGGUUCCCUUGUAAUUAUUUCCCCCUCCGUGGAUGACACUGCCAGUUAUGAAUGCACUGUGACGAGUGAUGCUGGAGAGGACAAGAGAACAGUGCAUCUCACUGUCCAAGUUCCUCCCGCCAUAGCAGAUGAGCCUACGGAUUUCCUGGUAACCAGACAGGCUCCAGCAGUCAUGACCUGCACUGCUUCUGGAGUUCCAGUUCCCUCAGUUCACUGGACCAAAAAUGGCAUAAGACUGCUUCCUAGAGGGGACGGUUAUCGGAUUCUGUCCUCAGGAGCAAUUGAGAUAUUUGCUACCCAACUAAACCAUGCAGGAAGAUACACUUGCCUCGCUCGAAAUUCAGCUGGCUCAGCACACCGGCAUGUAACCCUUCGUGUCCAAGAGCCUCCAGUCAUUCAGCCCCAGCCAAGUGAACUGGAUGUCAUUCUAAACAACCCCAUCUUACUUCCAUGUGAAGCAGCAGGAACACCCAGUCCAUUCAUUACUUGGCAAAAAGAAGGCAUCAAUGUCAUUGCCUCAGGCAAAAGCCUUGCUGUUCUUCCUAGUGGCAGCUUGCAGAUCUCCAGAGCUGUUCGAGAGGAUGCUGGCACUUACAUGUGUGUGGCUCAGAACUCUGCUGGUACAGCCUUAGGAAAAAUCAAGCUGAAUGUACAAGUUCCUCCAGCCAUCACUUCUCAUCAGAAGGAGUAUGUUGUUGCUGUGGAUAAACCUGUCUCUCUACUGUGUGAGGCAGAGGGCUUCCCAUCCCCUGACAUUACGUGGCAUAAAGAUGGUCAUGCGCUUACUGAAUCCAUCCGCCAGCGCAUCCUGAACUCAGGCGCUCUGCAGAUAGCAUUUGCUCAGCCUGAUGAUGCUGGUCGGUACACAUGCAUGGCAGCUAACGCGGCAGGGUCAAGCAGCGUGAGCACCACACUCACUGUCCAUGUACCUCCUAAGAUCCAAAGUACGGAAGUACACUACACGGUCAAUGAGAACUCCCAAGCUGUUCUCCCGUGUGUUGCUGAUGGAAUCCCCACGCCUGCAAUUCACUGGGAAAAAGACAGUGUUCUUAUAGCCAACUUGUUAGGGAAAUACACUGCCCAGCCAUAUGGAGAGCUCAUCUUGGAAAAUGUUGUGCUGGAGGACUCAGGCACCUAUACAUGUGUUGCCAACAAUGCUGCUGGUGAAGAUACACAUACUGUAACGCUGACUGUUCACUCCCUCCCUACCUUUACUGAACUUCCUGGAGACCUGUCAUUAAAUAAAGGAGAACAGUUACGGUUAAGUUGUAAAGCCACUGGCAUCCCAUUGCCCAAACUAACAUGGACCUUCAACAACAACAUUAUUCCAGCCCACUUUGACAGUGUCAAUGGACACAGUGAACUUGUUAUUGAAAAGGUGUCAACAGAGGACUCGGGCACUUACGUGUGUACAGCAGAGAACAGUGUUGGCUUUGUGAAAGCGAUUGGAUUUGUUUAUGUGAAAGAACCUCCGGUCUUCAAAGGUGAUUACCCCUCUAACUGGAUUGAACCACUUGGCGGCAAUGCAAUCCUAAACUGCGAGGUGAGAGGAGACCCUGCCCCAACUAUCCAAUGGAGCCGAAAAGGGGCAGACAUAGAAACUAGCCACAGAAUCCGACAACUGGGUAAUGGUUCCUUGGCCAUCUAUGGUACUGUGAAUGAAGAUGCUGGCGACUAUACGUGUGUAGCUGCCAACGAGGCCGGGGUGGUGGAGCGCAGCAUGAGCCUGACUCUGCAAAGUCCUCCCAUUAUCACCCUUGAGCCAGUGGAAACUGUUGUGGAUGCUGGUGGCAGAGUCAUAUUGGACUGUCAAGCAAUGGGUGAACCUCAGCCAAUCAUCACAUGGUCCCGCCAAGGGCAUCCCAUCCCCUUGGAUAACAGACUUACCAUGCUAUCCAACAGCUCCUUGUACAUCACUGCUGCUCGAAAGGAAGAUACUUCUGAAUAUGAAUGCGUUGCCCGAAACUUCAUGGGCUCUGUCCUUGUCAGAGUGCCCGUCAUAGUCCAAGUGCAUGGUGGGUUUUCGCUGUGGUCUGCCUGGAGGUCCUGCAGUGUCACCUGUGGAAAAGGCAUCCAAAAGAGGAGCCGACUGUGCAACAACCCACUUCCAGCCAAUGGUGGGAGACCAUGCCAAGGCUCAGAUUCAGAAACACGACACUGUCAAAAUAAGUUGUGUCCAGUGGAUGGCCACUGGUCAGAAUGGAGUUUCUGGGAAGAAUGCACAAGAAGCUGUGGGCAUGGCAACCAAACCAGGACCAGAACCUGCAGUAACCCAUCAGCUCAGCACGGCGGGCGGCCAUGUGAGGGGCCUGCAAUAGAAAUCAUCAUGUGUAACAUUAGGCCCUGCCCAGUUCAUGGAGUGUGGAGUGUUUGGCAGCCCUGGGGUGCAUGCAGCAAGAGUUGUGGAAAAGGCAGUCAAACAAGAACAAGACUUUGCAACAACCCACCACCAUCAUUUGGUGGGGCCUACUGCAGUGGAGUAGAAACCCAGAUGCAAGUCUGCAAUGAGAGACACUGUCCAGUUGACGGCAAGUGGGCAAGUUGGGCCAGUUGGAGUGCCUGCACUGUAUCCUGUGGAGGAGGUGCCAGGAAGAGAACCAGGGACUGUUCUGACCCAGUGCCACAGCAUGGAGGAAGCAAAUGUGAAGGGAGCGAUGUCCAGAGUGACUUUUGCAAUAGUGACCCUUGUCCAACCCAUGGUAACUGGAGCCCUUGGAGUGGCUGGGGAACAUGCAGCCGGACUUGCAACGGAGGGCAGAUGCGAAGGUACCGCACGUGUGACAACCCACGUCCCUCCAAUGGAGGAAGAGCCUGUGGGGGACCAGAUACCCAGAUCCAGAGGUGCAACACCGACAUGUGUCCUGUGGAUGGAAGUUGGGGAACGUGGCAUAGUUGGAGCCACUGUUCUGUGUCUUGUGGAGGAGGUGAAAGGGUGCGGAAGCGGCUAUGUGACAAUCCGGUGCCAUCUAAAAGUGGCCGUUCUUGUCCAGGAGAUGCCACCCAGGUCUCCAGAUGCAAUACGCAGGCAUGUCCGGGUGGACCCCAUCGAGCCAGAGGGAGUGUUAUUGGGAAUAUUAAUGAUGUUGAGUUUGGAAUUGCUUUCCUCGAUGCCACAAUAACAGAUAGCCCCAGCACUGAUACAAGAAUAAUACAGGCCAAGAUUACCAAUGUGCUUCGAAGUCUUGGUCCAGCAAUGAGAAAGAUCAUUUCUAUCCUAAAUCCCAUUUACUGGACAACAGCAAAAGAAAUAGGAGAAGCAGUCAAUGGUUUUACCCUCACUAAUGCAGUCUUCAAACGAGAAACCCAAGUAGAAUUUGCAACUGGAGAAGUCUUGCGGAUGACGCACGUGGCUCGAGGCUUGGAUUCUGAUGGCGCUUUGCUGCUUGAUGUCAUUGUGAAUGGCUAUAUCCUUCAACUCCAGUCGCCUGCUGAAGUCAGUGUGAAGGAUUACACGGAAGACUAUAUCCAAACAGGACCUGGGCAGCUCUACGCCUACUCAACCCGGCUCUUCACUGUCGAUGGCAUCAGUGUCCCCUACACAUGGAACCACACCAUUUUCUACGAUCAGGCCUGGGGGAAAAUGCCUUUCUUAGUAGAAACACUUCAUGCAUCUUCUGUGGAGUCUGACUACAACCAACUAGAAGAGACAUUGGGAUUCAAAAUCCAUGCUUCGAUUUCCAAAGGAGAUCGAAGUAACCAGUGUCCCUCUGGCUUCACCUUAGACUCAGUGGGACCCUUUUGUGCUGACGAAGAUGAAUGUGCAGCGGGGAAUCCAUGCUCCCAUGCCUGCCACAAUGCCAUAGGUGCCUAUUACUGUUCCUGCCCCAAAGGCCUCACCAUAGCUGCAGAUGGAAGAACCUGUCAAGACAUUGAUGAGUGUGCUUUGGGUGGACAUACCUGUCGUGCUGGUCAGGACUGUGACAACACCAUUGGAUCCUAUCGCUGUGUGGUCCACUGUGGAGCAGGCUUCCGAAGAACUUCUGAUGGGCUCAGCUGUCAAGAUGUUAAUGAAUGUCAAGAAUCCAACCCCUGUCACCAGCGCUGUUUCAAUGUCAUAGGAAGUUUCCAUUGUGGAUGUGAUGCUGGCUAUCAACUCAAAGGCAGAAAAUGCAUUGAUGUGAACGAAUGUAGGCAGAAUGUGUGCAGACCAGACCAGCACUGUAAGAACACCCGUGGUGGCUAUAAGUGCAUUGAUCUUUGUCCAAAUGGAAUGACCAAGGCUGAAAAUGGGACCUGUGUUGACAUUGAUGAGUGCAAAGAUGGGACCCAUCAGUGCAGAUAUAAUCAAAUAUGUGAGAACACGAGAGGCAGCUACCGGUGUGCAUGCCCCAGGGGUUAUCGGUCUCAAGGAGUUGGAAGACCCUGUAUUGAUAUUAAUGAAUGUGAGCAAGUACCUAAACCUUGUGCACAUCAGUGCUCCAACACCCCUGGCAGCUUCAAGUGUAUCUGUCCACCAGGACAACAUUUGUUAGGGGAUGGGAAAUCUUGCGCUGGAUUGGAGAGGCUGUCGAAUUAUGGCACUCAAUACAGUAGCUAUAACCUUGCCCGGUCCUCCCCUGUGAGAAGUGACUAUCAAGCUCCACACCAUUACAGACAGCACUCCCAGAUCUUCAGCUCCUACUCAGAGUAUAGAAACAGCAGAGCAUCUUUCUCCAGGAAUAGAAGGACUAUUAGGAAAACUUGUCCUGAAGGCUCUGAGGCAAACCAUGAAACGUGUGUAGAUAUUGAUGAAUGUCAAAACAGAGACACUUGCCAACACGAAUGUAAAAAUACCAUCGGAAGCUACCAGUGUGUCUGUCCACCAGGUUAUCGACUCAUGCUCAACGGGAAAACAUGCCAAGAUGUAGAUGAGUGCCUGGAGCAGAAUGUGCGCUGUGGGCCGAAUCGAAUGUGUUUCAACAUGAGAGGAAGCUACCAGUGCAUUGACACACCCUGCCCACCCAACUAUCAACGGGAUCCUGUUUUGGGGUUCUGCCUUAAGAACUGUCCACCCAAUGAUUUGGAAUGUACCUUGAGCCCAUAUGCCUUGGAAUAUAAACUUGUCUCUCUCCCAUUUGGAAUAGCUGCCAAUCAAGAUUUAAUCCGGCUGGUUGCAUACACACAGGAUGGAGUGAUGCAUCCCAGGACAACGUUCCUCAUGGUAGAUGAGGAGCCAGCUGUUCCUUUUGCCUUAAGGGAUGAAAAUCUGAAAGGAGUAGUGUACACUACACGUCCACUACGAGAGGCAGAGACCUAUCGCAUGAAGGUUCGAGCUUUAUCCUACAGUGCCAAUGGGACCAUUGAGUAUCAGACUACAUUCAUAGUUUAUAUAUCUGUGUCUGCCUAUCCAUACUAGGAAGUACUCCAGAACCUAGUCCAAAUAUUUAAAUUGCAUUAACCAUGACAAUCAAGGACCCCUACAGUUUACUAUCUCUUGAACAGUUGCAAUCUUGGCAACUUGAAAAUGGUGCUGUACUCUGUUAUCUGUGUGUUCCUCAGUACUGCUGAGGCAUCUGUAUAAUCCCACUAUGAUCAUGUAUCUUCCAGUAAGGUCUAGUAGAGUCCUUAGUUAUUUUCUUUAUUUAUUACACUGGAGCCUCCCAAAGAUUAUUCUGAUCAGCUAACAGGACAUAUCGCUGAUGUUGUAUAGUAGCAUAGUAGCUAAGAUCAUUUUCUUGGAAACAGUAAAAAAAAAUUCAAAUAGAUUUUUGAGCAUUUGGCUAUUCUUAGAAGGGUAAAACCAGUUAUUAUGUGUUUUUGAUAAAAGCUGAUGACAUAAGAUUUUUAAAAUAUUGAUUUUAUACAUCUCCUUUCAAGUUUUUUUUUUAAUUUUAAGGUUAAAAAAACAAACAGCACUAUUUCUGAAAUAUAGUACAAAUAUAAGUUUGUUUGAUCCUACAUGGAGUUUACCAUGAUUAAAUACUCAAGAUACGUACCCAGUGGUUUCAUGAAAUCAUCCAAAUCUCUUGCUAUGCUUUCAGAAAGUUACUUUCCCUUCAGACAAUCACCCAUGGCAUGGGUUUUUGACAUAUCAAUAUAACCUUUUAUUCACUCAGCUCCAUAACUUUUACAUUCCAUAUUUUUAUCUUAAAACAUAUCAAUAGAACAGAUUUCUUGAUUAUUUGUAAUCAUAUAUGUUCAAGUUAACAUGUUAAACGUCAAUACACUGUACAUGGUGGUAACAGACUCUGUAAGCAAUUGUCAAGAUGUAUUCUAUUUUUAU